CCAGUUGGUGGCAUUAACGCACCUAUUCGUCGUUUACAAUCAACAUCAAAAAGAAGAAGAUAGGUUUGCUUUUGUUAUCCAGCAUCCGAGGAUAUGCAUGUGUUUCUUAUUUACUAAAAUGUGAUUUAUUUUUAACGCAAUGCUAGCUUGAUAGCCAUUCGGAUAUGGCUGAAUUGCCUGAACGAGGACAUCGACAGUCGGACUGCGACUAAUGCCUUAACCUCCCCAGCUUGCUUUGUACCAGAGGAGCAGAAGGCAAGAUGCUGCUGAAGAUGCCCCAGAAGCUGCUGAAGACUGCCCACUACAUAGAGCUGGGCAGCUACCAGCACUGGCCGGUGCUGAUACCCCAGAGGAUAAGACUGUACACCUACGAACAAAUCCCCCUCUUUCUCAAAGAAAACCCCUACAUCACAGACGGCUACAGGGCUCACCUGCCCUCCAUACUCUGCCUGAGGAGUAUUUUUAUUCUGUCCAAUGAGACGGUGAAUAUCUGGAGCCACCUUCUGGGUUUCCUGCUCUUCUUCUCUCUGGGGGUCAACGACCUCUCUUCAGUACUGCCAGCCUCUGGAGCUAACAGAGAGGACUACGUCAUCUAUGCUAUAGGACUGUUCUGCUUCCAGGUGUGCAUGUUGUGUUCUGUGGGUUAUCACCUGUUCUCGUGCCACCGAUCAGAGAAGACUUGCCGUCGCUGGCUGGCAUUGGACUACGCAGGCAUCUCUGUUGGCAUCCUGGGCUGUUAUGUACCUGGGAUCUUCUACGCUUUCUACUGUAAUGCUUUCUGGCGACAGGUCUACCUGCUGACUGUGCUGUCCCUGAUCCUGGCCGUCUUCUGUGCUCAGGUCCACCCUCGUUACCUCAGCAACGACUGGCGACGGAUACGGAUGAUGAUCUUCUGCUGUGUGGCUGGCAUCAGUGUGAUUCCUGCGUGCCACUGGGUCUGGCUCAAUGGAGGAUUCACCUCUGAUGCUGUACAGCUGUUCCUGCCUCGUGUGAUAGUGAUGUACCUGAUAGCUGGAUCUGCCUUUCUGUUCUACGUGACCAAGAUCCCUGAACGCUAUUUCCCUGGCCAGCUGAACUACCUGGGCGCCAGCCACCAGGUGUGGCACAUACUGGUGGUGGUUAUGUUUUACUGGUGGCAUCAGACAGCUGUAUACAUCAUGCACUUCAGGCACAGCCAGGCCUGCCCAACCCUGACCAGCAGCAGCUAAGUUAAACUGAUCAAAUAAUGUUAUGGAAAGGCAAUCAGUUGCAGGCUAAUAAUUGUUAGCAGACAUCACUAUGUUAAUAUUCAAAGACUUCUUACCAGUUAGCUGCUGGUUAGAAGUUGCUACAUAGAGGUUUUUUAACCAAUAACUACCAGAAGCUCCUGACUAUUAGCUGCUAAGGUGUAAAACUGAGAGUCUGACGGUAGCCAUUAGCUUUCACUGAGCCGUCGGUUACUGUUUGGCUGCUUGUAACCUGGCCAGCUGUUAAAGGCCAGUAUCUUUUCUAAGUCUACUGUCUCCAACAGUAGAUAUCAACAUCAGAGUGGCUAGGAGCUCCUGUAAAUCUUAAACUCUCUUAACAAAAGGUGAACUGAAAUAAAGCAUGAAACCCUCGAUGUUGCACCGUAACCAUUAAAAUCGAUGCAUGAAGCAGGAAUUGAAAUUUAUAUGUAGAAACAGACUAAGGUUUGGUGUUUUUAAUUGGUGAUCAUGUUAUCUCAUGGUUGGUUUAGAUUGUGAUUUUCUUUUUGUAGUAUUGAAAAAAUAUCUAUAAGGAUUCUUUUGAAACAAACAUAAUACCCCAUGUGAACACUGACUUUUUUGCAUCUAAUUUUGUUUUAUCUAUCAGUUUCUACAAGAUUAGAUUGUAUGAAAUGUCUUGAUGAAAGGUGGAAAGCACAGGGGAAAAAACAUGACAACUGGAAAUUCAACAUUUGGACACUGUCAUUUGCCUGUCUCUGGGAAAAGCAAUGUCUCGAUGCCUAGAGUAUUUGAAGCUUUGAAAAAAUACUUAAAGGUCAAUUAACAAUCAAUCUGCAAUAUCUAAGGUGCAGAACUGGGAAGAAAUGUGGGAACCCUAAUUAGGCUACAGUGCAUUGUUUUCCUAGCACUGCUUGAGUUGUGUCUUUGUUUCUUUUGUGUGUACUGUUUUAUCUUUGGAACAAAUAAGAUGGCAGAAAAAACUCUUUACAGUUGCCAAAGCCAGUAUGCCAGUUCGGGCUGCACUAGGCCAAAUGUUGUCAUAUCAGCUUAAAGCCCAUUUUGAUUUGAAUCAGAAUGUUGGACAAUUAACCCCUUUGCUAUAAUUGUUAUUAUUAGAGUAUAUAGAGAAUAUAAUGACCCUUUAACAACAGCUUGAGUUGCACGAUAAAAUCCAUGAAAUCACGUUUCAGCUGGCAGGUUAGUGAGCAGUAGCUCUCACUCACCGUAUCAGCCAUAAGGGUUAUUAGUUAUCAGCCGAAGUGGCUGUCAUAAAGUCUAUCAUAAAGGCUGGGUGUGUGAAACAUCAUUAUUGUCUACUUGAUGCUUCUGUUUAAAUGAGGCCAGUGUAAAAUGUUACAGGUACCUUAAACAAUUUUUUUUCCACAGUACACUUUAUGACAGUUACAUAUAUUAAUGUUUGGUGUAUUGUGUUUAUUUUGUUUUACAUAAUUUCAGUCAUGUUUGUACUUGAUUUGCCUUAUUAUCUUUGAGUAUUUGUACUGUAUACACACGAAGCGACCAUAAACCAGAAAAAAAUUAUCAAACUCAGACCGAUAUCUUCUUUGCUGUUACACCACAAGGCCAGUAUGGGUUUUUCCUCUUUUUUUAUGUUGUAAUGUUUAGAACAAGUAAUGAAUUUUAGUUGAGAGCACUUAGUGCUGCAGGCUGCAGAGCUGGAAAACUCACUGUACAGGUGCUGGAAGAAGUGUUUUUAUUUUUGAACAUGACUCUUAUAAACUGCUUGAUCUGUUUUUUUUUAAUGAUCUCAUGAUUGUUUUAUCUUGUGUUUGGGUUUUUCUUGAUUAUUCUUUGUAUGAUAAAGCACAGGCACUGACUUAUAAGAUGUAUAAUAUUUAUUUCAGUGCCUAUGUGAAAAUAUAUUUUUAAACAUUCUGAAUGAAUAAAGAAUGCUGGGGAAAAA